AUGAGAAUACAUUUGACAUGCAUUGUGAGCAAAGGAGACAGUCCAGUAUCAAUUGUAUGGUUGAAAGAUGGCUCAAAUAUUUCUCAAGGACAAGGAAUUACAGAAAAGACUAUAGAUGACUUCUCAAGUACUUUGAGUUUCAGCAGUCUUACUGUGAAACACACAGGAAAUUACACCUGUCGAGCAACAAAUGCUGUAGCUGUGGCGAACUAUACAGUGCCUGUUGUUGUAAAUGUUCCACCUAGCUGGAAAGUUGAACCAAGUGACACUGAAGCGGUACUUGGGAGCAGUCUUAGAGUUGACUGUGCAGCUGAUGGAUCACCAGUUCCUCAAAUUAUAUGGAGGAAGCAGUCACUAGUUGAAGAACAUCCUCUCCAGGAACUAUCCAAAACAGAAAAUUACAGAGUUUUUGAAAAUGGUAGCAUGUGGAUACAGAAUGUGAUUCAAGAAAACAAAGGUUACUACAUCUGUGAAGCUGUCAAUGGUGUAGGAAACAAUCUGAGUAAGACAAUUCACAUUGUUGUGCAUGUGCCAGCAAGAAUCUCUAGAACAUUUCAGAAUGUAACAGUUAAAAAAGGUGAAACUGCCACUUUGGACUGUGUUGUAGAGGGAGAUAAACCAAUUAAAAUAAACUGGCUGCUUGGUAAUCAUUCAUCUGUCCUAAACUUUCACUCUAAAGUGGACAUCACUGAAGAAACCAUGGACUUCAAAAUUCAUUCAAAGAUGACACUAAAAAAUGCAUUACGAAGUGAUUCAUCUUGUUUUGUGUGCAAUGCUACUAACAAAUAUGGAAGUGAUCUUUCAGAGUUCUACUUAAUAGUGCAAGAAAUACCAGAUCCACCAGCCAAAGUUCAUUUGACAGAUUUUUAUAGUCGCUCAGUCAAUAUUACUUGGAAAGCUUCGUACAAUGGAAACAGUCCAAUAAGAACUUACAUCAUCCAGAUCAAGAACUCUACAGGUUCCUGGCAAGGAAGUAGCCAUAAUAUGGUGAUAGAUGGCAGUCAGACAAGUGCUAUAAUUACAGAAUUGCAGCCAGCCCAUAGCUAUGAGAUACGCAUACUUGCAGAAAAUUCUGUGGGUGUCUCCAAUGCAAGUGAAUCCAUUUCUGUAACUACAUCUGAAGAAGCUCCCAGUGGACCACCAAGGGAUGUUAAAGUUAGAGCCAUUAACUCAGAAAUAUUGUAUGUCAGUUGGAAGCCACCAGAACCUCAACUUCACAAUGGAGAAAUUAUUGGAUAUUACAUAGGUUACUGUGUGAGAAACUCAACAGAAUCAAUGCAUUACAAGACAUUUGAAGUAAUUCCAGGGAUGGAUCUACAUACAAAACUCACAAAUUUGCUGAAAUUCACAGAAUACAGCAUCACGGUACAAGCUUAUAAUAGAGCAGGAACUGGACCACACAGUCAUAGCAUCAUUGUGUCAACUGAUGAAGAUGUUCCAGGAGGACCUCCAACUGACAUACAAUGUACUUCAUUAACAUCCCACAGCAUUUUAGUCUUGUGGUCAGCACCGCUUCCCAAUGAGAUUAAUGGUAUUCUCUUGGGUUACCGGAUAGUGUACCGUGCACUGUCUACUUGGAAUGUUGCCAUGGUAGUAAUAAACAAACAAGUUCUUUCAGUAUUGAGAACGCAAUCAGUAGUGGAAGCGUAUUCUGCAGUUCUUACUGGGCUAGUGUUUAGUGUACUGAAUAUUCCUCUCACACCAGGAACCAAUUCAGUUGUUCACAAACACAUCUGA